AUGAGCGCGUGCCCGUCCCGCCGCGGUCCCCGUGUCGCAGCGCGCGCACACACGCCGUCCAGCUCCGGAGCCGCGGGCACGCGCUUUAGUGCCUGGACUCCUCUAACGAACCAACUUUCCAACCAACAGCUGUUUCAGGAGAGACUGACCCUCAUUCUGCACUGGUUUGACCUCUGGACAGAUGUGCAGCGCAAACAUGUUUUCCAGUUAUUGUUAAGAAGAUGCUCCAAGUCUCAGCUCAGAUCCAUCAGUGCCCACUUUAUUAAAUCUGCUCCAGUUGUGACGCUGGACUUCACCACGGUGCUGCCGCGGGCGCUGUCCCUGUACAUCCUGUCCUUCCUGAACCCUAUGGACUUGUGUGCUGCAGCUCAGGUCUGCUGGCACUGGAGGUUCCUAUCCGAGCAGGAUUGCCUUUGGGCUCCAAAGUGUAUCCGUCAGGGCUGGUUUCUCACCUACGGAACAUCCGACAACGAAUAUGGUGCCUGGAAGAAACACUAUGUUGCUUGCGCUUGCAACCUGGAUUUCUUGUCUCCACGGAAAGCAGCGGACAUCUAUGGUACCCUGAAUGAACCGCUGCCUGAAUCGGAAGAGGAAGAAGAGAAACGAACAGAAUCGCUAAUCAGACGAACCAUCUGCGAGAAGAUUGUAGAGCAUAAAAAAGCUGAUCUGAAGAACAGGAGGGCGUGGUUAACCAACUCAAAAGCAACAUAUGCAAGCAGUAUGAGACAGAAAUCCAGCCUCCUGCCUCUCAGUCGUACUAUCAGUCUCGUCCAGCUAGGGGAUAAGUGUCGAUUAGAGACGCGGCAGAGCCUUCAACUUCAGACAUCACUUGCUACCAACUCGAUGAACACCUUAGCAAUGAAUUCACACUUACAGUCAUGCACCAGCUCCUUUAAUCACCCUCCAUCCCACCUACUGCUUCUGUCAUCCAGACUUCCUGCAUAUGAGAUGUUGCUCUGUGGAGCUCUGGUCAACGUGGUGCCAUUGUUAUACGACUACAGCGGGAUGACGUUAGAGGCUCUUCUCUGUCUGGCUGAGAGAGCUAUAAAGGGCAGAGCCGUACAGAGCGUUGGAAUCAUAGCCGAAGGAAACUCUGAAGAGGUUCACCUUAUCGAAGGUCUGAGCAUCACAGAGAAGAGCAUCCUAAACCCUGAUGUGAGAACAUUUUGGGAGAAGCUCUCUGGCUGGGUGGUACCUGCAUCAGAAGCGGGCUCUCUCAACAUUUUUGUGCCUCUGGCUGCUUCUGUUGCAGGGAUGGCGCUAAUAAACAGACUGUCCACGCUGACUGGUUUGAGCGUCAGGGUUCCUACGGGAAUCUGCACCGGCUCGUACCAGCACAUUCUGAGUGAAUGGUUGGGGGAUGGUGACCUCCCUCCGCUGCUGUACCUGAGUGAAGAACCCUUGGUAUCAUGGUGCAGGCAGGCGGAAUGGAUAGAGCUGACACUCCAGGUUCUGAGGAAACAACUGGAACCACAGCUGCACAUCCUGAGUAACGAGACAAGAGGCCGCACCCUUGGUCUGUUCCUUUGGGAUCAUAUAAACUUGCCCGUUGUGAGGCUUAACUCAGACGUUAUGCAGGUUGUAAUUGAGGGUCUUGUGGCACUUUUCAAAGAAACAACAGAGAAUCCGCUGGAGUUCUUGGGAAAAUUCCUACUAAGGAAGAAUGUGGAUGGCGCUGUGAAAAAAUCCGAGGUUUUAACAGAGAGCAGAACUUACAGUAUGAAGCACGAGGUCCCAAAGAGUUUGCUGGGAGAAGCGGACCGGCGUCGUGCCGUGUUUAUGGAGCUGCUGAACAGUGAGAACGCUUACGUGCGUCUGCUGCAGGCCGUACACACCGUGUACUACCUCCCACUACGAGCUGCUCUCGACUCCAACCGAGCUAUAAUCAGCUCCGCCAAUCUCGUGAUGCUCUUUAAUCCCAUCCUGGACAUCCUUGAAGCCAAUAAUGUUUUCCUGCAGGACCUCACAGAGAGGUCGAGGCGGUGGAGUCCUGUGCAGUGUGUCGGUGACGUGUUUAUCAGAUUCUGUGGCAAACUACGGGCAUACACCAACUUUUUCAACAACUACUCCACUGCUAUCAGGACCAUAGAUAAGUGCAAAGAGGUGCUUCCUGUAUUUCGAGCUUUUCUAAAGAGAAACAGCCGGACCUCUGCUACUCGGAUGUUAAGUCUCCAGGAGCUGUUUCUAAGUCCCUCGGGAAGGGUGGAGGAAUACGUGACUUUGCUGCAGUCUUUGAUGCUAAACACACCACCUGAACACCCUGAUCACACACACGUAUCAUCGGCUUUAAACACACUAUGGAAUUAUGGGAACUUUAUCAAGAAGUUGAAAAAAAGUUCGAAUCAGGAGGAGAAAAUACUGGAAGUGCAGAAGAUCAUUCAGAGCUGCCCAAAUCUACAGGAGGGAGGCCGAUAUCUGAUCACCAAGCAGGAUGCGGCAUUACUGAGUUGCAUCAGUGAAGACGUUUCUCCGUCACUCAGGAUGUACGAGUGUGUUAAGGAGCUGGGACUGUUCCUGUUUAAUGAUGUUGUGGUGCUGACUGAGAAACGAGAGACUCAUGCACCCUUCAGUCUGGCAGUGAACACAUCUCACACAUUCCUGGCGUCUGUAAGCCUGCACAGCCUCGCCGUCUCUGACGUACUGGACACGAAGUAUGUGCAGAAUUCGUUCCUCCUGGAGAGCCCAAACCGCCAGUGGACCUGCGCCACAGACAGAGAGGAGGAUAAGAUCAGGUGGAUGUGUGCUUUAAGCAGUGCUAUAAAUGCUGCUAAACACAAUUAAAGCAGCUGUAGAUCUUUAAUGUGCAUCUACAGUAGGUCAGAGCAUCAAGGACAUCAUCUUCAACAAGAAGGUCUUCAUCAUGGAAAUAUCCCCAGCAUGACGCAAACGCAGUAAUCAUAACAGUAAAAUCCACUCGAUUGUGUUCAAGACAACGUGAUCCUUGUUGUUUAAAUGUUCUCACACACCAAAAGAAAUAGCUGUGCAGCUGAUAUAUGAUUUGUUUAACACACAGAGGAUGUACACUGAUAACCAAUAACCAAUACGAUUUAUUUACAAGACAAGAUUCUAUACAUAGUAACCAUAAAUUAUAUAAAAUCACACUUUCAUCUAUUACAUUUAAUCAGUGGUCUUACAGAACAUCUCUUCAUAGAACCGCAAAAUGAAAACAUGUUUCCGUAUUACAGUCCUAACAUGUAUACAUACAGUAGGAAAAAAAGAUAAAAGAAAAACAUAUUUUUUAAAGGGAAUCACUGUAGUAGUUGUGUUUGGUCGUGAUGUCACUUUGUUAAUGUUAUUGUAAACACU